CUGAGAUAAACAAAAUAUGCUUAUAGACAAACAUUUUUGAUAAUUGGUCAGUUUGAAGUAGAGGUCAUGAGAGUUUGGCUAGCAAGCUUGGGUGGUGCUAAUUCCCCAGUCUAAAGUUAUUUUGGAGGCUAUUAAAUUAAAAUCCAGAUGCAACCAGUGCAAUAAAUUUAAUGGUGUGGCAAAUAAUACUGUAGAUGCAGUAAGUGGGAGUAUCAACGGCUGUUUUUUGUGGUAUCAUAAUAGAAUUGACAGCUUACAACGAGAACAGAAAAUUAAGAGGGACAAAAAUGUCUGGUUGAGAAGGAUUGAGUUUGAACGUGGAAGUGACUAAUUUGGGGAUCUUCAGGAUGCGAUGGUAACAAAUUAUGAAAAUAGCAAGUAUAUGUUGCAAAAUGAGCACUAGCAAAGUAAUUGCAGGAAUAAAGUCAGAACUUUCAGUGACAGUAAAAUAUUAGAUUGGACAUGCUUACCUGCAGGGUAGUAUUUACCACAGGAAUUCAUUAAGGCAAGUAAAUUUCUUUGAAAUAAGUUAGCUUUUUAUCAUUCUACAUAAAUUAUGGGAUUAAUUAUUUGUGAUGCUGUUUUGUCAGGAAAGGUUAGGCUUAUGGGUGAGAAUUCAGUAUCAGAAGAUAGAGUGGGUCAAGACAAGAAAUGUGAAGAAACAAGGUAUUUUUUAUGGGAAAUGAUGCCAGUACAAUAACAGAACUAAGCAAAUGUGACAGUCAUAUUUGAUUGUACAGUUGGCAGACAAUAAGAUUCCAGGACAGAUGAUCAGUCCAGUGACACUGCAUCCAACUACAUAUGCUCCAGAAUGUGCUGCGCUCCUAGCCAAGCUAUUCCUGUACAGCUACAACACUGGCAUCUACCCAGCAGUGUGCAAAAUUACCCAGAAAACUUGCAUCUUAAUUCAAGGUCUGCACCCAAUGACUUCCUCCAUUUUAUACAAUUUCUUACUGUCAUUAGCAAGAGCACAGGCACUUUGUGUGCGGCAAUGGAAUUCAAGCAGUUCAGCAAAACCGUUUCUGGAAGUCAAACAUACUUCUUUAUUGAUGCCUAUUGCUGGGAAAAAAGGCUUUCUCAACCUGCCUGUUGUGAUCGAAGAUGAAUUAAUUGAACAGUUUGUCCGAGGACGUGGACCUGGAGGUCAAGCAACCAAUAAAACCAGUAACUGUGUGGUGCUGAAGCAUGUUCCAUCUGGGAUUGUAGUGAAGUGCCAUCAAACCAGAUCAGUAGAUCAGAACAGAAAAAUAGCCAGAACAAUUUUGCAAGAAAAACUUGAUGUCCAUUACAAAGGGGUAAACAGUGAAAUUGUGAAGCAAAAACAAGAACAGCAAUGGAAAAAACAAGAGAAGAAAAGAAAAGCAAAAGAUAAUUUAGAAAGAAAAAGACAACUUAAAGACCUUUUAGAAGAAUCUUCAGAUACCACUGAAAUGAAAAAGUAAUUUGAUGAUUUAUUGCAUGAUUUUUCAGUCUAACCAACACCAAGCACAUGUGGAGCAUUUAAGGGAAAACUAACUGUGUUGGUUUGAAAUGUAAUAAAUAUAUAUCUAAAAUACAGAUUUUAAAGUGCAAAUCUGUGCAUCUUUACCUAGGAAUUAGAAGUUGUGGGUUCAAGUCCCACUGCUAGAUUUGAGCAUAUGAGACAAUCUGAUAUUUCAGUACAGUUUUAAGGGAGUGUUUAUGUGGAGAAGUUGUCUUUUGGAUGUGUAGAGUAAUGGGUUAAUGAUUAUUUUAAUGAGACCAUGAUGUUGAUGAUGUAAGCAUGACAUUAAGAUUCAGAUGACCAAGAGGCUCCAAGUGAGCUGGACACAGAACAGUUUGGGUCCUAAAAACCACGUGUUCACCCUGAGGCCUUUGUAAAUAGUUCUUAAUAAACAGUUUCAAGAAAAAUGAAAUCCUGACUUUAUCAAGUUAUAGAAUAAGCAAAGCCCCAUCAAGGCGUGGUAAGACAUCAAGACAUGGUAACAGAUCGAAGCAUGGUGACAGUGAAACCUCUUUGAAACAUGAUGGCAGCACUGAAAGCCACAGUUUAAGAAACUGAGGCUACAGAUUGGUAACUCAUAGGUAAAGAACUUGGAACAGAUCAACUUCACAACAAAGAAGACCAAAACAAACAUACCUCUGUGAGGGACAGUGAGACGUGCACGAUAUUAACAGCUACUGAACAGCCACUACCCCUCCCGCAGCUUUUCCAAUACAUCGAGGGUCUGCAGCAAGGACAACAAUGAGAGCUCUAGAGGAUACAGUUCGGAAGGUACUGAACGGCUUCAGGUUUACAAGGAAAAACACUGAAACAACAGAUCUGUACCCUUUUACAUGCAGUUGGGGCCAUAGCUGAUGAUGUGGCAUGACAAGGUAUCAAGGAGACCUCUGCAUCCUACAACAAGGUUAUGGGGGCCUUCAAUAAGCACUUAAGCCCUAAGAAGAGUCUAGUCGUAGAGCAAGAUUCAACCUGAGAGACCAAAGGCUGGAUUAAUCCAUUGAUUCUUGUAUUAACAAUUUGUAUCGAUUGGCUAGUACUUGUGGUUA